AUGCUUCCUUUGCUUUGCGGGUCAACACUCAAGUUGGUCGAAGCACCGCCACAAACAACAACAACAACCACCACCUCAACAACUACGAUUGCACCCAGUCCAGCUCCUGAUGCAUCACUUUUCCAUUUCUGGCUGCUCAUCCCUGUGUUUCCAUUGAUCUUCCUGGCAAUUGGUGUGCUUUUUUGGGUCAAACACCAAAAAAUGGGUGCUGCUGUAGAAAGGGGUCAAUUUGGGUCAAGAGAAGACCUUUUACCUUCGAUGUUCGUGCCAUCAGAUCCGGUGGAAGGAUUUGGUGCAGAUUUAGAAGAAAAAUUUAUUAGUCGGGGAUCGUUUGGCGAAGUUUACGAACUCAUCAAUUACUCAAGGCCAGCCGUGAUCAAGUACGUUAGAUGUUUCACAGCAGAUGAGGUCGCAUUGUACCAAAAAGAAUUCGAAGUUCUCGAGAAAUUAUCACAUUCCAAUGUGGUGGCUUUGCUGGGAACGAUGAAGAGGCCAGGGAAAUUUGGGAUCAUCAUGGAGUUCUGCGAGCAAGGGGAAUUGAAAAGAUUGCUGCACGACUCACGAAUCGUCUACACGAUGCGAACUGUGGUCACGUGGAGUGAGCAGCUCUUUGAGGCAGUUAGUUUGGGUCUCGUCUUAUGGGAAAUGAUAGAAAGGAGAAUUGUCUUCGCCGACUAUGGUAAAGAGCACUUCGAUCGAGACCAUUUUGUGACUGAUGUCUUAAAUGAGAAACCUGAUAUGUUGUCGCUACCGAAAUGUCCAUCCCACUUUCAGAAGAUCAUCGAAAGUUGCACCAACUUCAAUCGGCGUUUAAGACCGAUGGCCGCCGAGGUUCUCUAUCAAAUCAAUAAGCCAAUCCCUUUCGACAAUGAGUUCCACUUUGAGCCGAUAAUCGACGAAGAACAAAAACGAAUUUUGCGUCCGAUCGGCUUUGACGAAUCCGUUGAAAGAGUGCCGAUCGAAGAAGAAGCCGCGAGUGAUUUGGGGUUCACGCUAAGCGUCAUUCAUGGAGUCUUCGCCAGCGAAACACAACCAAUAAGC